CAGAUCUACAUCCGUGUCAUCAAAAAAGAUAAACAACUUGUCAGGCCGAGUCAGGAACAAUCUGAUGAAUCUCACUUAGACUCUUAGACUAGAGACUCUUAGAUCUAGUUUUGACUCUAGAUCUAUAAGAUGGCAUUUGUCAAGUUAUGCUGAAACCAAAUCAACACUGCUUUACUCAUCCACAUUAGUUGAAGUGUGGUUAACCUGGACACUUGUUGGCAUGACAGUCCUAGUCUCACAGUAGAUGUAUAUUUGUUUCUGGAUUUGCAUUGAUAUAUUUUUGUUACCUACUCAGUGAACUGUAUAUAUUGACUUUUAAAAUUGAGCUCAGCUAUUCCUGUGAACAUAUUAUUGACAAGUUUUUGUAAUUCUGUGAUGCUCAAACUGCUAAUUAAUUUAAGACCAAGAAAUGUUACCCCAUUUCUGUUUACCAGCUUGUAACAUUAUCAGUAUUAUCUGCCUUGCUUUUCUUUUAUUUAAUGUUAAUAUGCCUUCUGCCGAAGCCUUAGUACUCCAAGUGCCAGUUCAAAUAUUCAGCAGUGUGGUGUACAUGCAUAGUAGAGACAGUAACAGCAAGCUUCCAACCAAUCAGUACCGUGUAGUGCAGAGAGAAUUGUCUUCCAAAGAUGAAAGUAGCUUGAAAAAUAAUUUGAAAGGUUACUCUGGAGAUGGAUAUUACAUUGAUCUAAAUAUUGGAACACCCGUUCAAAAGAUGAAAAUUUUGAUUGACACAGGAAGCUCAAACUUUGCAGUUGCGGCAACUCAGGACCCAAACGUCUCACAGUAUUUUCACCAAGACAAAUCAAGCACAUUUGAAAGUUUGAACACACAAGUAUAUGUGCCUUACACAGAGGGUGAAUGGACUGGAGACUUGGGGACAGAUAUUGUUAGUUUGACACAUUCACCUAAUAUCUCUGCAAGGGUCAAUAUUGCCUGCAUUACAAAAUCCAAAAAUUUCUUCAUACCUGAGGCAGAGUGGCAAGGCAUUCUUGGUUUGGGCUAUAAAGGCUUGGCUCGGCCAUCUUCUUCUAUCACUCCAUUCUGGGAUAGUGUCCUUGAGUCUCAUCCAGACCUAGAAGAUAUUUUCUCAAUGUCUUUGUGUGGUUCCGCAUUUGUUCACACCAGUGGAGAACUUUUACGUCAAGGUUCACUGAUUUUUGGUGGAAUUGUGCCAUCGUUGUCUAGAACUCCCCUGUUAUAUGCGCCCAUAACUCGAGAGUUGUACUAUGAAGUGGUGCUGACAGACAUUGCUGUGGCCAAUAAACCUUUAGGGCUACAUUGCAAAGAGUACAAUUUCGACAAGACAAUGGUUGAUUCAGGAACAACAAACAUUAGAUUACCUACUAAAGUAUUCAAUGAACUAGUUGCUGUCAUACAUAAAGAUGUCAAGGCUGAUGGAAAUGUAUUAGGUAUUACCAGCUCUUUCUAUGAUGGGGAAAGCAUAUUGUGUUUCGCUGACUUAGCCACAUUAUUCGUCUCAUUUCCUGUGAUAUCGUUUGAGCUUAUGAUGUCAGAGAAUUCUUCCUUCAAACUGCACCUGUCACCUCAACAUUAUUUACGGCCAGUUGACAUGAUUUUGGAAGAAAUUGGCUCAUGUGUCAAGUUUGGCUUCUCUCCUUCCAAUGGAGGAACUGUUCUUGGAGCUGUCCUGAUGGAGGCAUUCUAUGUUGUCUUUGACAGAAAGGCUAAGCAGAUAGGGUUUGGCCAGACAGCAUGCCCCUUGCCAGACCCUCGUCACCCUAUUCUGAAUGUCACCAUCACAGGCCCCUUUUAUAAAAACAAGAAUAACAGUGUGUGUAUUUACAAGAAGUCUAGCGCCGACGACCAGUCGUUCCUUGUUGUGUCCUACGUCAUGAUUGGCCUGUCUGUGAUAGUCUUUAUACCUCUUGUUCUACUCUUUGCCCUUUGGAUUCGAGGACGGAUGAAGGAUAUGGAAAACGAAGACAUGUCCGAAACACAGAAUGUUCUUGCUGAUUAAUUAAUGGAUACUUUCUUUAUCCUCUUUUUUUUUUAUUGUUAUGAACAUCUUUUUAUUACUUAUUGUAAACGUGACCUUAUGUAUAUCUUCAAUCAAGUCCUUUUUUGUUAAGAUCUAUUUUUUUUUAAGGUAAAAAAAAAACAACACAAAAAAAGGCACUAACUCUCUUCAAGUCAGUAAUAUAUCCAUACCCACUGUUUGUGUGACAGAGAAAUGUAAUAUGUAAAUAAGUACAGACUUAUCCCCAUAUUGAUGGAUAUGGUGUAUCAUUUGUGUCUUAUGCAGAUUGGGAUCUUUAUACAAGAGGGGAAAAACUGAGUUGGUUACUAAGAAGGUUUUGCAGGAGUUGAUUCAUGUACAUUAUUUUUAAUUCAAUCUUUGGAGUAAUUUAUACUGUAGUCUACUCCUCUUAUUAGCAAUACAUCACCAGGAAAAGUAAAAGAGUUACGAGUAUCUCUCAUUGAUAUCACAUGUAUGCAGUGUUAACUCACUUACAAUGUCUACAAUCUUCACUAAAAAUAUAAGAAGGACAAAAAGUGUUUUAUUUUUUUUUAUCUUGUUUCUUUAACAGGGACAAAUGGAUAACCAUUGUUCUGUUUGUUUUCUUUCUAACAGAAAAGGAGGGGGGGGGGUGUUGAUUAGGUAUUUCAUGGAAUCAGCUUUAAAUUUAGCACAUUUCUUCCAGUUUUUAUUUUACGUUUGUUAUUUUAAUUUCAGAUUAACUUUGUGCCUUUUCUAAAUAUUGAUUCUUGACCUAUUUAUAAAAUAUUUUUAUAUACGUUUUUAAAAACAAUUUGAUUUAUGCAAACUUAAUUUGAUGUGAUGAGUGGAAUUAUUUUGUGGUCAAAUGUUUCAUAUAAUGUACUUAAGUCUUCCAAAUAUAUCAACUUUCCAGCUUUGACUUGUGACUUGACUAACAAAUGUCAAUAUUUUUUUUAAAGCACACUGUAUUUUUUUUCCCAAUGAGAAUUAACAUUGGUAAAAAAAAGAGAGAGAGAGAAUGUGCACUUAUUUAGUUGGAGUUCCUUAUUCAUCAUCAUCAUCAUUCCUUUGGGUUCCUCAUGGAACAUAGGACCUCGACAAAAACAUGCCACUCUCCGCUGUCUCUUGCUAGUUUUUUUAUGGUUUCACAACUCUUCCCGGUCUUCUCUGCUUCUUCAAGUACACUACGUCGCCAUGUUCUUUUUGGUCUUCCUCUGCAUCUUGUUCCCUGGGGGUUCCACUCUAAGGCCUGCCUAGCUCCGUUGAUGGUAUCUUUUUUAAGGGUGUGACCAAUCCAUCUCCACUUCCUCUCUAGGAUCUGCACUUCUAUAUUUUUCUGUCCACUCAUCUCCCACAGUUUGGUGUUUUCUACUUUGUUGUACCAGUGUAUUUUUAGGAUAUUUCUCAGGCAUCUGUUGAUGAAGGUCUGUAAUUUUUAUCCUUAUUGCAAAUGUUUAAGUCUUAUCUAAUAAUCUAGUCACAGACUUUCCACUACAGUAAUAGGACAGCAAAUAAAAGAAUAAAAGGAGUUAGUUUCCAACAUUUAAUAUUAAGAGAAAUGAACUCAAGUUGCCAGGGGGGGUCUCAUUGAUCUGCAGAUGAGCACUUAGGAAGUGUUCAUGUGUAUACUCAUUUACAAGGAUCAUUAAUCAAAGAUUAAUUUAUGAAAGCCUCUGAAAUGCAAAACUGAAAGUAGCAUUUCUUACCAGCUAUUAGAUAUAUUAACCAAUAAAUGUGCUGAAUAGUUCUUUAAGGAGAGAGAAAUCGUGAAUCAAUUUCUGAAUGAAGUAAAGAACAUGUGGCUUGAACAGAAGCUAUUGUACUGAAAGCUUAAGCAUUGCCAAAACCAAGGUUCCAUCAAAUGUGCUAACCAGGAUGUUCAGAUGAUAAUUUGUAGUGUGUACAAAAGACUGUAGUGUAGCUAUUUCUUGUGAUCCUGUGGGAAAGGUUUCAUUGCUAGUAGGGGAUUAAUUCAUGAAGAAGACUAAGGUUACUUGUGUCAUAAUAAACAUGACAUUAGGAAGAGGUCAGCAGACCAUUCAACAAACUGCAGAAUUGACAAACUCUUGCUCAAUUCAUAAUGCUACAAAAGUUCUUGUUACUUUUGUUAAUAGACCUUGGUCAAUUCUAUAGAAUAAUGUUAUACAGAAACAUUUAAACAUGUCAGUAUAGAUUCACAUUAUUGGAUAAGAUUGAUUAAUCCACCAAUUUAUUUCUAAUUAGAUUACAUUAGUGAUCAACCUCACUUUUUGUGAUUCCUUUCAAUAACUUAGAGAAUCUCCCACAUCCUAUGAUGCACACGUCAGCACAGAGCUGUAGUGAAAAUGUGAUUUGAUUUCAGUAAAUAGAUGAUUUUUUUUAAAAAGUUUCCAAGGUUUCUUACUUAUUAUUGUGAGAUUUGCUACAAAUGACAAUUUUAGAAGAACAAUUUUGAAACAAUUCUUAUAACGUUAUUGUUCGAAAAACAGUCAAAGAACAAAGUCACCUUACCUAAAUAACCUGUAACUGAAUAAAGUGAUUUAAUUAUUAAUGUUUAAUUAUGUCUUUCAUUUCAAACCUGUAAUAUUAUCUUUUUUUGUUUGUUUUGUUUCACACUUAUUCGACUGCAUUUUAUUGAAUGUAAAACCUGUUGUCAUAUUUAUUUUAUAACCAGACGUUUGAUAUCUGAAACAUAUCCUAGGAAACCUAUUUCUUUAUUUGAAAUGUCUUUCCUCUGCAUGUCAAUAAUUCCACAUCAUCAUGUACUGGUAGUUGUUGUUUUUUUUUCAUGGUUAAAGAUCUCUGUGUACAUUUUUUUUGUUGUUUGAUGGGGGAGGGUAAUUCAUUACUCUUGACUUAAUUUUCACAAUGGUGUUAAUUAUAAUUUGAAAACUUAGUUACUGUUAUCAGUGAUGGCACUAAUAUUUAUAAUACUGUGUUUAGUUUAUUUAUUAUAUCACCCUGCUGUUUGUGAAGCAAAUGGCUUAGAAUUCCAUGGCUGGUUCAUGGUCGCUGCAUUUGAUUCUCAGCCUUAUUGUUAUUACUGGAAUACCACCUUGGCAAUAUUUUUUGUUGAAUUUAUAUUUGAUAACUAAGUAUUUUUCUCUUUUUUUUUUUCCAUUUGUGCCUUUCAUGUGACUUUUGUCUUGCCUUUGAGAUCUCUUUAUCUGUUUCCAACUCUUGUCUUCCAUUUAUAUGAUUUAUUAUCUUAUAAAGCUUGCUACAUUAAAUUGCAGAUAAGUUGAUAUUACCAAAACAUUAUGUAUUCUUCCAAUUUUCCAUGUGUGCCUUGCAUGUUACUAAAUUCUUGUCUACAUGUUUUCUUUUUAAGUGAACUACAAACCUCCCUUUUUUUUUGUUCCAGUGAUCUAAAGAGCUCUCAACAUUUAACUUAAGUUUUGUAGCUAAAUAAGCCUUGUUUACAAUCACUUACCUUUCGUCUGCUGUUUGAUAUGCACUCUGGACUGUCGUUUGAUGGUCCAGAUUUCAAUCCCUGCCUACUACCAUUAUCUUCAAACAUCUGAAGGAACAUCAGAAACACGUCUAACAGGCUAGCAAGUACACAAUCUAUCAAGACCCAGAUAUUUUUCUGUGUUUAAAGAAAUUUCAACUGUUGAAAUGUAAGACAGCAAUGUCCAAAUCACUGCCCAUGACUAUAUCUGGCCCUUAAUAUGGAUUUGUCCAGACUCAAUUUAUUUCAGCCUUCAGUAUUUAUCUGCACAGCGUUAGUUCCAUUGGACACAACAAAUUUUGUUUGAGGUGAUGUCGUCUAUGACCCAUGUGCUGGAAAUGUACAUGGCACUUGGCCAAAUAAGGUUGGUUUGGGUACAAUUAAAAGAUUGGUAUUACUCUUACUAAAGAUAAAAAGGAUUUUUCUGCACAUUACCUCUAUCAAGUUAUAACCCCAUAAAAUGGGUGUCAUAUUUUUCAUUGUGCUCUUUAUCCAGUACACAUUGAGCAUGUUGUUGAACUAAAGUCUUCCAUUACUUACAUGGUGGAUACUUACUAAGCACAUUAGAGAAGUCAAUGUUCAGCAAUCCUUCACUGUUUCUGAAUUUCUUUUCCUACCAAUGUCUCUACACCAGUCCACUGUAAUGAAGUCCUAUACCCAUGUGUUCCUGGCAAGGAGUUAGAGAGUGGAGCUGAUGUGUUCCUCUGUGUUGUCUGGUUAACUCUUACUUCUGUUUUUAUACAUUGCUCAGUGUUACAAGAGAUUUAUUGAUCAAGAUUAAGGACUGCACCAGUGCGAUUAUUCAUUUUGUGUCUUUUUUUUUUGGUCAUAUUUUAUUUUUACCUGAUGUAAUGAUGAUUGAAUUUUUCCUGUCUGGUAUUUAAAUACUAUUUAUUUUGUUUGUUCAUUUCCAAUGCAUUGUUAAAUUUUAUUUCCACACUUACUAAACCUUAGUGUCAAAAAGGGAAAAACGUCUAGAACUUAACACAUUACAAAUCAGGUUGUUUUUUUGUUUUUUUCUUGAAAGCUAAAAUCUUUCUGCUGAGAUAAACAUUGUGCCCUUUAGAACAAUUUUGUUUUUUCUGAUAGAAAAAUCCUAUCCAUUUAAAGAUGUGUUUACAAAAACAUUUUAAUUUAAAUAGGUUACAUUUUUUUAAAAACUAUGUUACCAUUUGAUGAAUUUCUUAAUGGCUUUUAUAACAUUAUUUGUCUAGUUAUUAUGACUAACUAUUUUGCUAGUGUGUUUAUAUCUAUGUGAAUUUAAAGCUUUCAGGUCUGAAACAAUUUACGAAUAAUCAUGACAUGUAACAUAUAAUAGCAGCACCUAGAUACCAAGGUUGUUGAGAAAAGGUAAAGAAAAUAUUACGAAACAUAGGUAAACUCUCAGGAGGACUCAAACCACAGACCUCGAGCCAGCCCUCUUCUCUGGCAACAAUCAGGUUCCCAGUCUAACACAUAUCUAGACCACCCGGGUCACCCCAAAAAUCAGUUUUGUUAUCUGGCCUUUACAUCACUAUUAUAUGUUACAUGUCAUGUGUUUAUACAUAGAGGAGAAGAUUGUAUAAAGACACUAUAAGUAAAGAAAGAUAAAGCAAGAAAGAUGUCCAAGAGAUUUAUUGUUUGCCCUAAUACAAUUUUGCUAUUGGAGUUUCUAUCUAAAAAAAAACAACUAUUUACAUGAGGUUCUUUAUUUGAAAUAAUUUGUAUUUGGGAACUUCAAUAUGAUUUGUGUACCUAUAUAUCUUUGAAGGGAAAAUGUUAUAACAAUAUGAUUAAGAAAAUGUGAACAUGAGAUGCUGCGGUCUAUUCAUUUGAUGUAAAAAUAUUUUUAUUUUAAAUUCAUAUAUGCAGUGAUCAAAUAAAUUAUCUAAUACUA